UCCUUAAUCUUCUUUUCUGGGCAGUGAGAAAAAAACAAUAAGGAGUCAGGAGAGUUGCGGAGAAGCACAGCUUCUUGGGAGCCUGGUAUCUAUUUCUAACUUCUUUGUAAUCAGUGCCAAGAUGCCUUGCUUCCUUGGUUUAAAGUCUCUGGGGAAAUUGUUCAACUCGGUGAAAAGCAAAGUCACCUCAUCUGAAAAAACCAGCACCAGGGGCUCAUACAGAAGGAGACUGGUUGUCGAGGAUGUGUAUGUCCCUGGGAGCCCCUACCCUGCUCACAGGCGGGCCACCAUCACUCAUUUGUUGUGUCUACAUCCUGAGGUCUAUUGCAUGUUUGAGCACUUGUUGAACAACCUUGAUCUUCUUGUGGCCCACCCUCAGGACCCUCACCACCCGUCAGAGAAGCCUGUCAUUCACUGCCAUAAAUGUGGGGAGCCGUGCAAGGGUGAAGUGCUUCGGGUCCAGACCAAACAUUUCCACAUCAAAUGUUUCACCUGCAAAGUGUGUGGCUGUGACCUGGCCCAAGGGGGCUUCUUCAUAAAGAACGGAGAGUAUCUCUGCACCCUGGACUACCAGAGGAUGUAUGGCACGCGCUGCCAUGGCUGCGGGGAGUUUGUGGAAGGAGAGGUGGUGACCGCCCUGGGCAAGACCUACCAUCCCAACUGCUUUGCUUGUACGAUCUGCAAGCGCCCGUUUCCACCCGGUGACCGAGUCACGUUCAAUGGGAGAGACUGCCUUUGCCAACUGUGUGCACAGCCGAUGUCUUCCAGCCCUAAAGAAGCCUCCUGCUCUGGCAAUUGUGCUGGCUGCGGGCGAGAUAUCAAGAACGGGCAGGCGCUCCUGGCCCUGGAAAAGCAGUGGCACUUGGGUUGCUUUAAAUGCAAGUCCUGCGGCAAAGUCCUCACCGGGGAGUACAUCAGCAAGGAUGGCGCUCCGUAUUGCGAAAAGGACUACCAGGGUCUCUUCGGGGUGAAAUGUGAAGCCUGCCACCAGUUUAUCACUGGCAAGGUCCUGGAGGCAGGUGACAAACAUUACCACCCUAGCUGUGCACGAUGCAGCAGAUGCAACCAGAUGUUCACAGAAGGAGAGGAAAUGUAUCUUCAAGGUUCUACCGUUUGGCAUCCCGACUGUAAGCAAUCCACCAAGACCGAGGAAAAACUGCGGCCUACCAGGACUUCUUCCGAGAGCAUUUAUUCUAGACCAGGCUCCAGUAUCCCUGGGUCCCCAGGUCAUACUAUCUAUGCAAAAGUGGACAAUGAAAUCCUGGAUUACAAGGAUUUAGCAGCCAUUCCCAAGGUCAAGGCAAUUUAUGACAUUGAACGUCCAGAUCUUAUUACCUAUGAGCCUUUCUACUCUUCGGGCUAUGAUGACAAACAGGAGAGGCAGAGCCUGGGAGAGUCUCCAAGGACUUUGUCUCCUACUCCAUCAGCAGAAGGGUACCAGGAUGGGCGGGACCGGAUGAUCCACCGGUCCACCAGCCAGGGCUCCAUCAACUCCCCUGUGUACAGCCGUCACAGCUACACUCCAACCACGUCUCGCUCUCCCCAGCAUUUUCACAGACCUGGCAAUGAGCCAUCCAGCGGCCGGAACUCCCCUCUCCCUUAUCGGCCAGACAGCCGCCCUCUCACUCCAACUUACGCUCAGGCCCCUAAACAUUUCCAUGUUCCAGAUCAAGGGAUCAACAUUUACCGAAAACCACCCAUCUACAAACAGCAUGCUGCCUUGGCAGCCCAGAGCAAGUCUUCAGAAGACAUCAUCAAGUUUUCCAAGUUCCCAGCAGCCCAGGCUCCAGACCCCAGCGAGAUACCAAAGAUUGAGACGGACCACUGGCCUGGUCCCCCCUCACUUGCCGCCAUAGGAGCUGACAUGAGACGCAGAUCUAGUGGCAGAGAGGAAGACGACGAGGAACUGCUGAGACGCCGGCAGCUACAAGAGGAGCAAUUAAUGAAGCUCAACUCGGGCCUGGGCCAGUUGAUACUGAAAGAAGAGAUGGAGAAGGAGAGGGAGAGCCGGGAGAGGUCCUCCCUGGCCACCGGGCGCUAUGAUUCUUCCAUCAACUCAGCUUCACAUGCUCUGUCAUCAAAAACCUCAUCUCUCCCAGGCUAUGGGAAAAACGGGCUUCACCGGCCUGUUUCUACAGACUUCGCUCAGUACAGCAGCUAUGGGGAUGUCAGCGGGGGAGUGCGAGACUACCAGACCCUCCCAGAUGGCCACAUGCCUGGAAUGAGGAUGGACCGGGGUGUCUCCAUGCCUAACAUGUUGGAACCAAAGAUAUUUCCAUAUGAAAUGCUGAUGGUGACCAACAGAGGGCGCAGCAAAAUCCUAAGAGACGUGGACAGAACCAGGCUAGAGCGCCACUUAGCCCCAGAAGUGUUUCGGGAAAUCUUUGGAAUGUCCAUCCAGGAAUUUGACAAGUUACCUCUUUGGAGACGCAACGACAUGAAGAAAAAAGCAAAACUCUUCUGAGUACCACACAUAGACAGCAAUUAGAAAAAGGACUGACCAUGGCGGUGACACAUAGGAUGUUGUAGUGAGGCCCAAACUUGAUUGGAGAAUUUGCAAACUACUGUCCCUCAGCAACAAAAGGGAAAAUCUGAUUAAAACACCCAUGAGCCAAAUGAUGGGCCAGCCCAUGGCAACAUUCGCCCAGAAGCAGUGGGGUAGAAAUGUCUGUGUUCCCACCCUCGACAGUAGUGUUCACGUGUGACCUUUUUCCAUCACCUUAUGUGCACAGCAGGAGCUACUUUUGUUUUCUUUCAACUGUUAUUCAAUAAUAGUGUGACUGUAUGGGUAAGAGCCAGCAAGUGCCCUUAGGAUGCCGCAUGGACAAACGCAGUUGUAAUAAUUCCAAAGUACGAGUAUAUUUAUUAUGUAGCGCCGCGGCUGAGAAGGAAGAGUCCAAGGGAUAGAUCCACGUGGCAGCAGCCUUUGCCCUGCCUUUCCUCACUGGCCUCCUGCAGCCCUGCCUGGGCUUCAGCAGGAGGGAAAGCAGAAUCGGGGCCCCCGGCAGCUCUGUUUCAAUAGCCACUAAAGUCAUUUUUAACAUG